AUGAUCAAGAAUUCCAGUGUUCAAACACUUGACGUCAGACUAAAUACUUUAAAUAAAAGAAGUGUAGAGGCUCUGGGAGAAAUGUUGCGGGAAAACGACCAUCUACGUGACCUCAACUUAUCCUCCACCGGAAUUGAUCAAUUUGGAUACGAAGCUUUGGCUAGUGCUAUAGCUUUGAAUAAGUCUCUUAUUGAGUUAGAUCUUAGUUUCUUAGACAUUGGCGAUGAUGGUUGCGAAAACUUGAAAGACAUGGUGAAAUCCAAUCCUGCGCUACAAAAACUAAGACUGAGGAGUAACAACAUUACAUGGGUCGGUUGUUGUUCUCUUAUGGAAGGAAUUAGUCGUAACUUAAACCUUACUGAAAUCGACUUGAGUCGCAAUUUCCUGGGAGACAGUGGAGUCGAGGUGUUAAGUCGCUACAUUCCACAAUCGGCUGUGAUUGAAUUAAAUUUGGAAAAUUGUGGUAUUACGUCUGCUGGGUGCCAUAAAUUGGCGGAAAUGAUUUCUGCAAGUAAACAGCUCAAACACGUUGAUUUAAGCGUCAACUUCAUUACUGACGUUGGUGUUUUCAAGCUAGCCAAUGCGUUAGAAAGAAGCUCUGUUCUGAGGACUAUUGGACUUAACAUGUGUGGCAUCACCAAUGAUGGUUUCUCGAAACUUUUGGAUGUGCUAGAGAAAAACACAUCAAUAACAUUACUAAAACUGUGUUAUAAUAGAUUAGGUAGAGAAUUCACUAAUGCUUCCGCAUCUUCAGACAAUCUGAGAUACCGCUUACGUAUUGUAACAUCCUCUAAACCAAAACUCAAAAUACUGCUGUGGGGUAAUGUGUUCGAGGAAUGCUAA